GGUUCCCCAUCCUUGGAAACUGGUUGGAUUGCCACACCGAGGCGUGCAAAGCUCGAGGACUUUAUUAUUAUUUGGAUUCUUUUCUAAUUUCUCCCCUUCCGGGCAACGGAGCAAUGAAAUUUCCAAUCGAGACUCCAAGGAAACAGGUGAACUGGGAUCCUAAAGUGGCUGUCCCCUCAGCGGCGCCUGCCUGCCAGCCCAAGAGUGCCACUAACGGCCACUACCCGGCCCCGCGCCUCGCCAUCUCCUCCCGAGCCACGGUGGUCGCCAGGAUGGAAGGAGCCUCCCAGGGGGGCCUGCAGACCGUCAUGAAGUGGAAAACCGUGGUUGCCAUCUUUGUGGUCGUGGUGGUCUACCUCGUCACCGGGGGUCUCGUCUUCCGGGCGCUGGAGCAGCCUUUUGAGAGCAGCCAGAAGAAUACCAUCGCCUUGGAGAAGGCGGAGUUCCUUCGGGAUCAUGUCUGCGUGAGCCCCCAGGAGCUGGAGACAUUGAUCCAGCACGCCCUUGACGCUGAUAACGCGGGAGUCAGCCCCAUAGGAAACUCGUCCAACAACAGCAGCCACUGGGACCUUGGAAGUGCCUUUUUCUUUGCUGGAACAGUCAUCACCACCAUAGGGUAUGGAAAUAUUGCUCCAAGCACUGAAGGCGGCAAAAUCUUUUGUAUUUUAUAUGCCAUCUUUGGAAUUCCACUCUUUGGUUUCUUACUGGCUGGAAUUGGAGAUCAACUUGGAACCAUCUUUGGGAAAAGCAUUGCAAGAGUGGAGAAGGUCUUUCGAAAAAAGCAAGUGAGUCAGACCAAGAUCCGGGUCAUCUCUACCAUCCUGUUCAUCUUGGCCGGCUGCAUCGUGUUCGUGACCAUUCCUGCUGUCAUUUUCAAGUACAUCGAGGGAUGGACAGCCUUGGAGUCCAUUUACUUUGUGGUGGUCACCUUGACCACGGUGGGCUUUGGCGAUUUUGUGGCAGGGGGGAACGCUGGCAUCAAUUACCGGGAGUGGUAUAAGCCCUUAGUGUGGUUCUGGAUCCUCGUGGGCCUCGCCUACUUCGCAGCCGUCCUCAGCAUGAUCGGAGACUGGCUACGGGUUCUGUCCAAAAAGACCAAAGAAGAGGUCGGGGAGAUCAAGGCCCACGCGGCUGAGUGGAAGGCCAAUGUCACGGCCGAGUUCCGGGAGACGAGGCGACGCCUGAGCGUGGAGAUCCACGACAAGCUGCAGCGGGCGGCCACCAUCCGCAGCAUGGAGCGCCGGCGCCUGGGCCUGGACCAGCGGGCCCACUCGCUGGACAUGCUGUCCCCGGAGAAGCGCUCUGUCUUCGCCGCCCUGGACACAGGCCGCUUCAAGGCCUCGUCCCAGGAGAGCAUCAACAACAGGCCCAACAACCUGCGCCGCAAGGGCUCCGAGCAGCUCAACAAACACGGCCAGGGGGCUUCGGAGGACAACAUCAUCAACAAGUUCGGGUCCUCCUCCAGACUCACCAAGAGGAAAAACAAGGACCUCAAAAAGACCUUACCCGAUGAUGUCCAGAAGAUCUACAAGACCUUCCGGAAUUAUUCCCUGGACGAAGAGAAGAAGGAGGAGGGGACGGAGAAGGUGUGCAAUUCGGACAACUCCAGCACCGCCAUGCUGACGGACUGCAUCCAGCAGCACUCGGAGAUGGAGAACGGCAUGGUCCCCACGGACACCAAAGACAGGGAGCUGGAGAACAACGCGCUCCUUGAAGACAGAAACUGAACGUGGGCCACGCCAGACUCGGACCGAGUGUUGUUGUAGUGUUCGCCUUUGGUUUGGUUUGGUUUUUUUUAAAUAUUCACACUGAGACACGUGCCUUAAACGGACUUCUUGUUAGUCUGGACUUCCAUAGCAUUGGAGAAUAGAAUUUCACUGUGCCAUAAAGUCAGUAAAAACUUGCUCUGCCAAAAGGAAUCGAAGAGCUUCACUUCUGAGGACGACAGCGGGACACAC